AAGGAGGGGUGACUCUAAUGGCGCAUCGCAGUCCGACCGAUCCAGCUCUCCACAAAUAAACAACAGCAGUACUUCACGAUCUGGCCUAAUUUGUGCUUUUGCCAGUUGCACCGCGUUGCGGUCGCGCUUUGCCCUUUUGCUCAUUGAGCAGAUCGUCCGGGCUUCCUUCUAGCGGCUGCUCGGAGCACAGAGGCCCAGAGGAAAGACGGCGGAUCGAGAAUAUGUAACAAACGUCAACAUGACGUCCAGAUUUAGUAAAACAUAUACACGGAAAGGAGGAGAGGCCAGCUCGAAGUUUGACGAGGUGUUUUCAAAUAAGAAAGCUACGCUUAGCACCAAAUGGGGAGAGACCACCUAUAAGGCACAGUUGGGGGUCAAACGGCCCUCGUUCAAGCCAGAGGUUCCUGAGCUGACUAAACGACCCCGCUUUGAUGAUGACGACAGCUCAGAGGACCCGUUUGGCUUUGAUAGCGACGACGAAUCCAAGACUGUCACAUCGAGAGGUACUCCACAAUCAGAGACGGGCUCAGAUGCAGCAGGAUCCGGGAACGAGCAGUUGAAGACCCAGACGGAAAAGCCCAGUCAGGGCACAGCGGUGACCGCUGUUGGUUCUUCCACGUUGGGGAGCAGCCAGAGCAUCAGCACCGGGGUGUUCGGUAUGAAUAGCCCAGCUACAAUAUCUCCAGCCUCAUCACAUGUCACUACCACUGUAGGAACCUGGAACAGAUCCAGUAUCACAGUAAGCAAACCAGUCUCCCAGAUCUCCAGCUUAAAAACCCACAGUAGAAACAUCUCCGAACUAUGGGACACUUUCGGGGAGGACUCUCCUCCAGGGGCCGGCGAGGGGAGUUCUACCCAGGCUGGGAACACUUCUGAUGGGCUCAAAAGCUCAGAACAGUGCCCCGCUGAACCUGAACCUCCAGUGGAACCUGUUGACUUUGAACAGCUACCGCUUCUUAAACCAUCUAGCGACAGAGUGUACCGACGACCACGGAAUAAAGGGACGGAUAGUUCUGGAGCUGGUGAUAUGCCAGUUCCUGUUGUGAGUUCAACACCGGCCUCUGUGCUGGUGAAGACCACUGCUGCAGGGGUUGCCGGUAGUUCUGAAGUCAAGCCUGCAGGUCGGGGCCGGGUAAGGGACUACACGGUUCUUCACCCAUCCUGUGUGUCUGUGUGUAAUGUGACCAUCCAGGACUCAAUAGAAAGGACCGUGGAUGAUUUUGUCAGCCCAGUGCAAGCUGAUAUGGGAGAGGCGGGAACCUUCAGGAGGAAAACAGACACACAAGCUUCCAAGCCUACCAGGUUUAGACCCACUCAGAGUAAAAGUAAAAAGGAGACGAAACUGGAGUUUUUUGGCUUUGAGGAGAAUGAGGCUCAGGACACAGAUGGAGAUGCCACUGCAUCUGGCAGCACCAGCUACAAGAUCAAAUACUUUGGUUUUGAUGAUCUGAGUGAGAGCGAUAGUGAGGAUGAGGACGACUCUGCAGCUAAAGAGAGGAAGAAGAAUAAGAAAGCGGCGGAAGCUUUGGCAGCUAGCAUGGGCAGUUCCCAGAUCAACGACUCGCAGGACAGUCAACAGAGUCAAAGCAGCCUUAGUACAGAUUCUCAGGAGUCACUAGAUGAGACAGGAGCCAUAGGCUCACAGAAGGAACGACAUGGAAAGCAAACCAACAAGUCAAAGGAGAUCGGACGCAAGAUCUUCAGCGGGCCAAAAAAAUCUCCUGCUAAAGCCGUAUAUAACGCUCGUCACUGGAAUCAACCCGAGCCGGAGGAAGUGCCUCAUUCUGCUUCCUCUCAUACUGUGGCUGUACCUAAGGCCAGUGUGUCCAGCAGCAGCAGCAGUAGCAGCAGCAAAGACACAAACUCCCAUAAAGAUGAUGGAGUGUUUAAAGCGCCGCCCCCUCCUCCUAAAGUCAUUAAGUCUGUCACUAUCCCCACUGAGCCAUACCAAGACAUCGUCACGGCACUAAAAUGCAGGAAGGAGCACAAGGAGUUGUACACUGUGGUCCAACAUGUGAAGCACUUUAAUGACGUAGUGGAGUUUGGGGAGAAUCAGGAGUUCACUGAUGACUUUGAGUAUCUGGAGACGGGCCUGAAGAGCACACAACCCCUCAACACACGCUGCCUUAGUAUAAUCAGUCUGGCCACGCGCUGUGCCAUGCCAAGUUUCCGCAUGCACCUGAGGGCCAGAGGGAAGGUGGCCCAGGUCUUCAAGAUGCUCAGUGAUGCCCAACAACACCCGAACCUGGCUCUUUGCACGGCGUCUUUGAUGUACAUACUGAGUCGAGACCGGCUCAAUAUGGAUCUGGACCGGUCCUGUCUGGAGCUGAUGAUCAGGCUGCUGGAACUUGAGCAGGACGACUCCGUAGCAGACCAGUUAACAGCUAAAGAGAUGAGCCGAGUUAAAGAGAAGAUCCGCAAACUCUGCGAAACAGUCCACAACAAACAUCUGGACCUAGAAAACAUCACAACGGGUCACUUAGCGAUGGAGACAUUACUGUCUCUGACGUCGAAGCGAGCCGGAGACUGGUUUAAGGAGGAGCUGCGCUUGCUUGGGGGACUGGACCACAUUGUAGAUAAAGUGAAAGAAUGUGUGGAGAACUUGAAUAAAGAAGAAGAUAAAGAGAGUCUGGUGGCAUCACUCUGGGGAGCGGAGCGCUGUUUACGAGUUCUGGAGAGUGUUACUGUCCAUAACCCUGAGAACCAGGCUUAUCUAAUCGCCUACAAGGAGUCCCAGCUCAUAGUGUCUUCAGCAAGGGCCCUGCAUCAUUGUGAGCAGAUGAUACAGCGUUACAGCCGAGAGGUCUCUUCAUCAAGCUCCGCCCUCCCGCAGAGUAGUCAUAGCAACGUGGGCAAGGCCGUGGAGGAUUGUAUGAGAGCCGUUAUCGGAGUUCUGCUCAACCUCACACAUGAUAAUGAGUGGGGCAGCACUAAAACAGGUGAGCAGGAUGGCCUCAUACAGACUGCACUGGACUGUGUUCUGAAGGUCCCACGUUAUUUGCCUCAGGAGCAGAGAUUCGACAUCCGUGUCCUGGGUCUGGGUCUGCUGAUAAAUCUGGUGGAGUACAGUGCCAGAAACAGACACUGUCUAGUGGAGAUGGAGGUGGACUUGAGCUACCUAAUGGAGACAGAGGUAGAUGUGAAGAAGGAGAAUGAUGUGAAGACAGAAGGAGGGGAGGAGAGUAAGACAAAACAAAAAGAGGACAAAACAGAGGCCGAGAAGGGACCCACGACAGCAAAGUCGUCAAAUGCGCUGGCUGCUCUGGUUCAGCUCUUUCUUGAACGGGAACAAGCAGCAGUGUUAGCCGAGGCACAGACUGAUGACCUCAUAAGUGAGGCGCCCAAAUCUCAGGCAGACCAGAGUGGAGAGUGGAAGGAAACAUCUGGAGAGAUCCAGUGGGUCGCCUCGGAAACAAAUGACACAAAUGACACAAAUGACAAGAAAGAAGAGGAGGAAGAGGAGCUUGACCUCAAUAAAGCCCUGCAGCAUGCUGGGAAACACAUGGAGGACAGCAUUGUGGCGUCAUACUCAGCUCUUUUGCUUGGGUGUUUAUGUCAGGAGAGUCCGUUGAAUGUGAAAACCGUACGGGAAAAUCUUCCUAAGGGAGACUUCUCUAUCAUGACGGAAAUGUUGAAGAAAUUCCUUAAUUUCAUGAACCUGACGUGUUCUGUUGGAACCACAGGACAGAAAUCUAUCUCACGGGUGAUUGAUUAUUUAGAGCACUGUUAGCAGAGGUGUCGCAGUUCCCCCUCUUCCGUGGGAUAAAUCUGGACCUGGCAACGUGCCUUAGGCCCUUCAGGACGAGAGGCAGCAGAUCCGGCUGUAAAGGUGGUUAAGCGUCGCUACGGUCACGUCACCCGAUUGGCUCGCUGCAGAGACUUUCAUGUGUUUUUUUUUUCUCUCACUUUGUUUUUGCUUGUUUUUUACAUUGUGUGUUUUUCAAAUGCUGUCUUUCUCUCAUGCUCACACAUAUACACACACUCCGCUGUGUGUUUGCAUAAUAUUUGUUUUUUGAAGCACUGAUCCUCAUGUAAAACACAAACUAAGCUGUUUUGAAACAAAAGAAUGAUUUUAAGCUAGUUGUCCUUGUUUGUAGUGUAAAGAUUUACACUAAACCUAGUAACUUAUUGAGAUUUCAAACACUGAGGGCUGAGGCUUUGUUCACACUGUGGGCAAAUCCACUUUGGUUUUCAAAUCUGAGUUUUAGGACUGGCUGUUUACACAAGAUGUUUGUUCAAACAGAACAGUCUGUAUCUGUAAUAUUUACAUUAGUAAAGAGAAUUUCUUGUACAAGGACAGAGUUGUAGAAACUGGAAAACUUUGCCUCUCAUGAACACAAGCAUUAAGAGGCAUUUUAUGCAUUCUGUAAAAUACACCGUUUGGGGUCUGUAAGAUUUGUUUUUAAUGUUCCUGAAAGAUCUUAUGCUCACCAAGACUGAAUUUAUUUGGUAAAAAAUACAGUAAUAUUAUGAAAUAUUAUUACAAUUCAAAAUAAGUGUUUUCUAUUUGAAUACAUUUUAAAAGUAGUUUAUUCCUGUGAUGGUAAAACUGAAUUUUCAGUCACUACUUCAGUUUUCAGUGUCAGUUGACUUGCUGAAUAAAGUGUUCUUUUAUUUUAAAAAAAAGAAAUCAUACUGGACCCAAACAUUUUGAUUAGAUUUGAGUAGACGGGUCAGCAAAAAAACAAAAAGAAAGCAAAUCGUUUUUGCUGCCAGUCUGAAGAAAGCCUAAGAUGCCUAAUGAACCAAAGACCUUGCAAAUAUGAAAACAAACAAACAUUCAUCAAUUAAGGUGAAAUUUCCUUGUGUUUUUUUUUUUGGAAUCCUGUAGUCCUACUUAAAGAGUGUUUUAUGAUCAUGUCAUUGUUUCUUUCACAUAUACUGAAACCAAGCUAUUAUGUUUGAUUUCUUUUAAAACUACACACUACGUUAAAAGUUUU